AUUUUAACUUCGCAGCUCCUUGGGUUGAAAACAUUGUGUAUUUAACAUCGAAAUGUAAAGCUGGAAGUGUGACACAUUUUUGUGACGGGCUUCCAAUCGCAAAGUUUUCAGUUUCGUAAAGUAGUAGUCAGGUGUAAACAAAAGAACAGUGAUGUGUAUGGAUGAUGCAGCCGGUAGAUACAGAAAUUUUGCAUUGUUUACUACUGCAAAUAGUAGUGAUUUAGGGCAGACACAUUAUUUUGAGGUUCUUAUGGAGUUAAUACUGACAUAAAAGGAUGGCGCAGUGCAAAACAUACGACAAUACUAAUAAUGAACUGACAGAAGACGGAGAUGAAGAAAUAGGAGAAUUCUAUUUUGAGUCUGAUGCUGUUGCUCUUAAAGGGAAUCAAGAUUAUAUGAACCUUCUCAGGUCCUUGGCAAUACUAGAAGCCCAGCGAACGAAGUUAAUUAAGGAUUACGAUAAAAUAUUGUUACUAAAAGAAGCAGUCUUGAAAGAUCCAUUGACAUUUGUUGAGAAACUUCAAGCUGGAUGGAUACCACCACUUCCUGAUAGAAUGUUCGUUGAUGAGGUUCCAAAUAUUGAUUGGAGUAAAUACGGUAUAGCACCUGAUAGUGAACUGCUAAAACCUCAAGAUAGUAACCUUUGUGACGUAUCUCAGAAUGACAUAGAAGAUGAAAAUGAGAAAAUACGUGUAAGAGGGAGAAUAUUUGAUGAAACAAAGCCUGAGACUUUCAACAAGCUUUGGUCGCAUGAGGAACAGCAUCGUUUGGAAGAACUUCUAGUUAAAUAUCCAUCUGAGGAGAAUGAAACUAAUAGAUGGAGAAAAAUUGCAGCUGAAUUGGGCACCCGUACCCCAAAGCAAGUGUGCAGCCGUGUGCAAAAGUAUUUUCUGAAGCUUCAGCGUGCGGGACUGCCUAUUCCUGGGAGAAUACCGAAGACACCUUUACAGUAUGAACUACUGAAGAAGCCAUCUCACAAACAUCAGAGGCAUAAUCAUAUGUCAUUGAGACCAACAACAUUUUUCCCUUUGUGGAACCCACCUGUCUACAUGACAGAUACAAAUGAAGACAGUUGUAGUGUGAUACCAAGUCCCGCUGAACCGACCACAGCUUCUCCUUCUGUUACACAUAGCAGCGAAGACAACAGCAGUAGCAGUAAAUCUGAUUUGGGUAUGGAGAAACCUCAACAGGAUGUGGCAAAUAAUGAAGAAUAUAGCAGUUUACAGUUGCUGAUACGGGUCAGACAGGAGAAAGCAUUACAGGAUGUCAGUGUAAUGCAUCAAGGUUACAAGUGUCGAGAAUGUGGUGAAAUACCAAUCUGUGGAACACGUUGGCACUGUACAGACUGCCCAACGGACCUAUGUACAGACUGUGUUGCUGCUCCUUUGGUGGACCCUCGGAUUCCUCUGAGACAUUCAUUAAGCCAUACACUUGUGACUGUGAAAACUGCUGUCCCUUCGCCGUGUGCCCAAGAUGAAGACAGCAAUUCUCAAACAUUUGUCCCACAAGCUUAUCUCGAUCCUAACUUUUUACCACAAUAGGCAGUCGAGUUGUUUGUGUCUGUUGGUGUGCAAAUGUAAUGGUUGCAUGCUAUUAUUAUUUAUUUGCUCAUAUAUAAAUUGCUAGCUGCAGUUUUGAAAAACUGCAAUUUUUUUAGAUAUUAUGUAAUGACUGGUUAGAAUUCUCUUUGGUGUGUGUGUGUGUGUGUGUGUGUGUGUGUGUGUGUGUGUGUGUGUGUGUGUGUUUUACUAAUAUCAGUAUUUUAUAGUUCUUGUGAACUGAUAGCUUAACAGUUGGUGGUAACAUCCAUUAAUAAGGUCAACUGCUGUUUACAGGGUACAUUAUUAGGUCUCAAGAUUUCAUAUUAAUUUGUUAUUGUGUGUUUGCAAUGUUAUUGUGCUUAUAGUACUAUUUUACUUAUAUUUGUAGUGGUGUAGUUCAAUCUUAAAAUCCAUAUUCUUGUGAUAAAAGGUAAAAGAUAUCAUUUAUUUUUCAUUAAAGAGCAUUAGUAUAUAUUGAACAGAAAAAUAUUGUGUAUGUUAGAAAAUUUAAUUGUAACAUCUUAUAUGCAAAAGGAAAAGCUACACUCUUGAAUGCCCCAAGUUUCGCAAGUACGUUUCGUUUAUUGAUAUGUAUAUUUUCGAGCUGCAGUUUUGACUGUAAUUCUUAAAAAGUUGAGAUUAUUUGUUUCUUCUCUUUACUGAAGUAAAUGCAAUGAUGGCCAUUUAUCACAAGCUCAAAAUGUUUGCUGUAUUGGGGCUUGAUCUGCGUUUUAGUAUUGGUUCAGAUAACAGCUUACUUAAUGCUGAAGAGGAACAUCAAUGAAGGUCUCACAUCUAAGUAACAUUGAUUACUAGGACAUGCAGGUUAUCUUCAACAUUGUAACUGCCUAGUUUACUUGUAGUCCUUUCAUUACAAAGCCUGACAGCAGAUGUCAUCACAAAAAAAAUCCACUGUCUGUUCUAACAAAUGUGACCCAUCUGUUCCAAAAAAUGUGACCCACAGGCAACUAAACUAAAGAGUCUCAUGGCUACGCGUAUACACCCGAUCAGCUCCUGUUGCUAACACUCCAGCAAUCUCUGACUGGAUCCACCCACUGCCUGCCUGGGGCUUCUGCCUACUACAGCUUCUGUCCUGUCACACUUGCCCACAGAGUGCAUUCUCCCGAAUUUUUUAAAUUUUACCCUUUGACCCUGUCUGUGCCCAGCAUGAUCUACUGUUGAGGGGCACUCGCCACUUUAUUGACUGUAUUUUUGCACUAUUGUUCAGUAGUUCUUCAGAGGAUGCAUGGAGGGGUAGAGACAUUUCUCUCAAUAUGGUCACACACUGCAUCCUAAGCCCAUCAUUGGCUUUAGGUGAUGCGGUGCUGUCACCACCAGAAGACUCUCUUUUUCCCUCUCAUCCCACACUCUCCCAUUAUUUUUAAUUGUGGUCUGUGUCAAUGGCUCCAUCGUCAGAAUACACAAGGCUCCCUUUAAUGUGUUUAUAUCUUAUAGAUCUUUAGCUCAUUAACACACAGCUGUCCAUUUGCCUGGCACAUGUCUGGCGGCUUCCAGUGUUGUGGUUACGCCUUUAUACUUUCGCUGCUGCUCAAGUUAUUAAUAUUUUCCCUGAUUUUUUCUUAACAUAUUAUUGUCAGGCUUGGCUUGCCUCAUGGAUGUAAUAAUGAGUCAGUUGCAUGACCAGUGAGAGGUAUGUAAACUCUUCUCGGUGGGGCUGUAUGGAGGCUGCUGACCAAGUCAGAAUCAAGUGCUCAUCUGAGUUUGUCUUUUACAUUUCCUGCCCUAUCCAGGUAUGCCCUAUGGAUUGACUCCAAAGCUUCAGCUCGCUUCGAUCUUCCAUGUAUGAUCUCUUGCUGCCCUGCUGAACUGGCACUAUGGGGGCAGGCAUGUAGUGGUGGGAAGUUAAUCACAUUAUCUGAGGUGUUAGUGUGAUGACAUUUUUGAGCUCUUCACCUGAAUGUAUGCUGCGAUGAAGUCUCAAUUCACUGAUGUAUCAUUCCUCUCAGAGGUGCUGGUUCAGCAGUACUGCAUGCGAGCCUCUGUCUUCGAAGGUGUGGAUUAACUCUUAUGGUGGGUUGAAGUUUUGAGUUAGUCAGUGAUGCAGACUUGGAUAGCAUAAUUGGUAGCUGACUGCCCAUAAGAGGCAGGGAUCUAAAUUUGUGUUCUGGUCCAGCCUGCAGUAAACUUUGGAUACCAUCACAUUGUUCAUAAUCUUAUUUGUCUCUUCAGUUGCAUAGCCUCCAACCUUUGCAUGAUAUUAUUUAUUUCCUGCAUCAGUGAAAAUAUUCCUUCUGUGUUGAGAAAUAACAGUAAUCAUUGUUACAAUAUAAUUUCUGAAAUAUUCAGAAUUAUAUUUUUUAAAACAUUACAAAACUGCAAAUGUUAGGGACAACAUUGUUGUAUCACUGGCCCAGCCUGAAUCAAUAGAUUACACAUUUUUUAUCAUCA